AUGUGGAUUCGGGAGCAUCUUUACUUCAAUGGUUUCAGUAAAAAUUAUUUGAAUUGGAUUUGGCAUGGUGAGGCUGCGGAGAAGGAUAGAUUAAAUUCGAGUGUCAACCAAGAGCCAACUGAUAAUUGUCAUGAUGAUUUUGAAACUGUUAAUUUGUGUGAGACAGCGUAUGAUAACCAUACAGAAAAUCCAGAAGCAUUUAUGAAGUUUUUGGAGGAAGCAGAGAAGCCACUGUAUAAGGGAUGCAAACGUUACACAAAGUUGAGUGCACUUGUAAAACUAUACAAUACCAAAGCAAGGCAUGGGAUGAGUGAUGCUCUAUUUUCAGAUCUACUAGCAGAUUUUGGGGACAUGUUGCCAGAUAACCACAAUCUUCCAUCGUCAAUUUAUGAAGCAAAGAAGACGUUGAGUUGUUUGGCUUUGAGUCAUGAAAAGAUUCAUGCUUGUUCCAAUGAUUGCAUCCUUUAUAGGAAACAAUAUAAAGACUGCGUAAGCUGCCCAAAAUGUGGCUUAUCAAGAUGGAAGCUAACCAAGAAAAAUGUUGAGAAGAAAGGUGUUCCUGCCAAAGUGGUUUGGUAUUUCCCUCCCAUACCAAGAUUUAAGCGCAUGUUUAAAUCUUUAGAAACUUCCAGAAAUUUAACAUGGCAUGCAGAUAGCACAAGAGUUGUUGGUCAGUUACGCCAUCUAGUUGAUUCACCAUCAUGGAAAUUGGUGGAUCAUAUGUGGCCCGACUUUGGAAGUGAGGCAAGAAAUAUUCGCCUGGCACUUGCAGCCGAUGGAAUUAAUCCUCACAGCAAUCUUAGUAGUCGCUACAGUUGCUGGCCAAUCAUGCUGGCCACAUAUAAUUUGCCUCCAGACAUGUGCAUGAAAAGGAAAUUCAUCAUGCUAACGAUGCUCAUUUCAGGGCCGAAACAGCCUGGAAACGAUAUCGACGUCUACCUUGAGGUUUUGGUUGAUGAUUUGCAGCUCUUGUGGGAAGGAGUUGAUGGAGUUUAUGAUGCUUAUCGAAGGGAGGUUUUCACUCUUAAAGCAGUUCUUUUAUGGACCAUCAACGACUUUCCUGCAUAUGGUAACCUUAGUGGAUGUACUACACAUGGUUAUUACGCAUGCCCAAUAUGUGGUGAGGAUACUUAUGCAAAGCACUUACCAAAUGGGAAGAAAAUGUCAUUUGCUGGGCAUAGACGAUUCCUACCACGAUUUCAUCCAUAUCGGAGGCAAAUAAAGGAGUUUAAUGGCAUGGAGGAACUUGGUGAAGCAGAUAGGCCAUUAUCUGGAAUUAAGUUGUUUGACAAGCUUUUGGACAUAACAUGUGAGUUUGGAAAGAAAACAAGUGGAAAAACCAAGGAUAAUGUGGCAGCUAGGUUGGACAUGGUUCAGAUGGGAAUUAGGCCUCAAUUGGCUCCUAAAAUUGGUGAGAAAAGAACAUAUCUACCUCCUGCAGCAUGCUCAUUCACAAAAAAUGAGAGAUUACAAGUAUGUAGGUCAUUAAUGGAUAUAAAAGCUCCGGAAGGUUUCUCAUCAAACAUGAAGAAUCUUGUCUGCAUGGAUGAGAUGAAGCUGAGUAGCUUGAAAUCACAUGAUUCUCAUGUUAUAAUGCAGCACUUCCUGCCAAUAGUCAUACGUAAUUCUCUGCCAAAAUAUGUUAGAUAUGCUUUCAUAAGAUUAUGCUUCUUUUUCAAAGAUAUUUGUUGCAAGAUUAUCGAUGUAGCCAAGUUAGAUAAGCUGCAAUCUGACUUGAUUGUUACACUCUGCUUAUUGGAGCAGUAUUUCCCCCCUUCUUUCUUCGAUAUCAUGCUCCACUUAACAGUUCAUCUUGUUCGUGAAGUCCAAUUAUGUGGACCAGUCUACUUCAGAUGGAUGUACCCAUUUGAAAGAUGCAUGAAGGUGUUGAAAAGUUACGUAGGCAGUCGAAAAUAUCCAGAAGGUUGCAUUGUUCGGAGAUAUGCAGCAGAAGAAGCAGUUGAAUUUUGUUCAGAAUAUCUCAAUGACCUUGAUCCUGUUGGGGUCCCUAAAUCACUACGUGACCCAAACACAAGCAUUCCUGGAUUCUCAGCAAGCAAUUCAUCAAUCAUCGUCCAACAAAUUGAUCUCCAACAAGCACACUUGACUGUUCUAGAAAAUACAGAAGAAAUAUCUCCAUACAUUAUUGAACACAAAUCCUUCUUGAAGACAAUGUUUCCCAAGAAACAGAAAGAUGCAAGGUGGAUACAAGAUGCUCAUAAUAAGAGGUUCAUUGACUGGUUUCGUGCAAAGGUGGCUGCUGAAAUCGAUAGUUGCAAUGGUGGAAUGACAUCGUCAUUGAGAUGGCUGGCCCAUGGACCACGUGUGCGAGUCUUAAAGUGUGAUAGCUAUGUCAUAAAUGGCAAUUUAUACCAAACAAAAGAGCGGGAUGAUGAGAAAGUUUGUCAAAACAGUGGUGUUUCUCUACUUGCCAACAUGAUGCUUGUUUGUAGUGCCAAAGAUAAGAAUCCCGUGUUAGAGAAUGUGACUUUUUAUGGAGUUAUUGAAGAGAUAUGGGAACUAGACUAUCAUCAAUUUCAAGUUCCUCUUUUCAAGUGCGCAUGGGUAUCAAAUGACAAAGGAAUACAAUACAAUGAUGAAUGUGGCUUCACCUUAGUUAAUCUGACUAAACGAGGCCACCAGAAGGAUGAAUUUGUGCUUGCAAGUCAAGUUAGACAAGUAUUUUAUGUUGCUGACCCACUGAACAAAGGGUGGUCAAUAGUGCUUCAAGUUCCAAAUAGAUGUUACGAGGGAGAAGAGGAUCUUUGGACCAUAAUUCCCGAAGCUCGACCAAUUGAUAAUGUUGAUAUUCAUUGGAAAAGAACAAUGCGUCGUAAAAAACAGCGAAAAAUAGCAAAAUAUGAUGAGCCACGUGUAGUUGAGGACACCGAACUACACCAAGAUGCUGAUGGGUUAGCAGCUGCAGAGCUACGAGGAGAGACUGAAAUAGAAGAACCUCCUAUUACUGGGCAGAAGAAGACUCGAGGGCCUACAUCAAUGUGCAGACUUAUUGCUGCUGCAGGAUGGGGAAAAAAGUCGACGAUUGAAUAUGAUGACAUAGGACGACCUGUGUACAAUGAAAAUGGGAAGGCACUACAAUCUUUCAUAGGCUCUGUUGUUAGAUCCAUGGUGCCUAUUAACAUAAAGUCAUGGCCCACUGUUCCAGAGAACAUGAAAUAG